AAUUAAACAUUUAAAGAAAAAAGUUGUGCUCUUUUUUAGGGGAAAAAUGUUGGUUUUUCUCUGUGGUUGCUUACUUACAUUCUUAAGUGCUUUUUAUAUUUUCCUUACGUGGAACCAUCAGCAUUGGACAAAGCGCGGUAUUCCUUUCGAUAAGCCGCAAAUUUUAAGUGGAAAUCUUCCUAGUUUAGUGAAUCAGAAGCGACACUUUGCUUACGAUUUAGACGAUCUCUAUAAGAAGUUUAAGGAUGGAUAUUCAAUCAUUGGAUUUUUUAGCAUGAGGCAACCACAAUACUUGGUAACUGAUGCACGUGUUGCCAGAGACAUUCUUAUCGGUAAAUUUAAGUAUUUUCACGAUAAUGAUUUUUCUGAUAUGAUAGAUGAGAAAAAGGAUCCAAUUUUUGGAAAUAAUCCUUUUAUGCUAAAGGGUCAACUAUGGAGAGAGGCAAGAACCGAAAUCACGCCAGCCUUCACACAACUACGAAUCAAGUCUAUGUACCCAAUUAUGGACGAAAUGUGUGAGCGUCUGCAGAAAUUCAUUCUCAGGGAAAAGCAUGAAGCAAUUGAAGCCCGUAACAUGUGUGCAAAUUACACAACUGAAGUCCUUUCAACUUGCAUCUUUGGUGCUGAUGCAGGAGCAUUAUUGGACAAGAAAGCCCCAAUUCGGGAAAUGGGAAGAAAGCUCUUGGGCUUCACACCAACAAUUGCUCUGUACUUCUUCGUGAUUCAACUCAUUCCAUCUCUUAGGAAAUUUAUUAAAAUCGGUCUUGUACCGUGGAAUGGUUGGAAGUUCUUCGUGAAUCUCAUGGAAGAUUCCAUUCAGAUGAGGAAAGGAGGUAGGGAACUUCGUGAAGACUACCUAAGCUAUCUCAUUGAAUUGCAGGCAAAGAAGGAUCUAACAACGCACAGAAUAAUGGCCCAUGCUAUGGCUUUCUUUGUCUGUGGCUUUGAGACUUCCAGCGUAGUUCUGAGCUUUGCUCACUACCAACUUGCUAAGAAUGCAGAUGUCCAGGAGAAAUUGAGAAAUGAAAUCAGGAAAAUCGUUGAGAAAAAUGGCAAAUUGUCCUAUAGUGUUAUUCAGGAAAUGCCCUACCUUGAGCAAGUUCUCUGUGAAACUCAUCGCUUGCAUCCGGUAUUUCCUAUUCUAGCCAAAUUAUGCACAGAAUCAUGUGAAAUGCCCCUAACAGAGCAUAAAACAGUUACAAUCGAAAAGGGCUACAGCGUAAUCCUUCCACUACACAGCAUCCAUCGUGAUUCAAGGUACUACGAAAAUCCUGACAUUUUCAAUCCUGAACGUUUUUCCCCCGAAAAUGGAGGCAGCAAAGUAUACAGAGAUAGGGGAUGCUACCUACCUUUUGGAGAUGGACCACGAAUAUGUCCCGGAAUGCGAUUUGCUCAGACCCAGAUAAAGGCAGCUAUUGUUGCCAUUGUGAAGGAUUUCGAAGUAAAACUCGAUGCUAGGACAUCCCUAGAGCCAAUGCUAAAUCCAGAAGAAAUAAUUCCAACAAUCAUCGGGGGAAUUUGGCUGAGAUUUACGGAAUGUAGAGAAGAAAUUUGAGGAUUUUCCAAGCCAACGACUUCUUCUGCGUUUAAUUUCUCUCUCACCAGUUUACAAUGAAUAUUUCUAAAUAGCUAAAUUGCUAAAAUAAUGAUACUUUUAUUCAAAAUGGCUACCGCUUGGUUGCAUCAAUGUUUCAUCGAAAUUUUAAUCUUUCUCCAAGCUCCAUAUUGGAAAUAAAGAUUUGUGUAAUAA